AUGGGUUUCAGUGAUGGUAAAGAUGGAUCUAAAGGAUUUGUUAAGAGAGUGGCCUCAUCUUUCUCCAUGAGGAAGAAGAAGAAUGCAACAAGUACAGGAGUCAGUGAACCAAAGCUGCUUCCAAGAUCGAAAUCAACAGGUUCUACUACUAACUACGAAUCCAUCAAGGUACCUGCAGGCGCAAAGAAGGUUUCAGAUGUCACAAUCAAAACAAGGAUCAAAUCAUCAGCUGGUGUAAUACCGUUACCAAGACGGGAAAAGAUCGAUGAUCUUGGUGUGGGUGGGACGAAGAAGAACUUUGGAAAAUGGAGAAGCUUUGAUGACAGUGAUUCGAUAUGGUUAUCUUCAGAUUGUGCAUCUCCUACUUCUCUUCUUGAGGAACGCAGAUUAUCUGUUACGUUUCGUUUCUCUGUUGAUGAGAGUGUCGUCUCUUGGUUAUCAAACCUUGCUAAUUCUUCCCUUUCUCUGAAUCACCACCAAGAAGCAAGUUCCAUUAAAGACCGUUGUAGAAUCCCAAGGAACACCAAGGAGAAUGCAGAGAGCAUGCAGAAGAAAUCUUUAAAGGAAGAUUCACCUUGUUCCCCUCCAAAUUCCAAAGUUCCUGAUCCUUCUUCUACUCAGAUUUCACAGGGCAAGAAAGUUAACUUUUCACCGAUAUCAGGUACGGAAGUUGAAACAGAGGAUUCUUCUUCCUUGGCUCAUGAGAAAAGUCUAGAGGUUUUGGAUUCUACUAGGAACAUUACUAAAGUUGAUGAGCCGCUUUUCUGGCCGUAUGAGCAAAGAUUUGACUGGACACCAGAGGAUAUCUUGAAGCAUUUCUCCAUGUCACCUCGGAGAAAGAAGCUAAUGAAUGCGAAAAUGUCUGCAGGCACCUCCCCAAGAUCCAUGAGAGCACAGCUUCUUCAGGCAAGAAAAGUCGAUCUCAAAGACGGGUGUAAGAGAAAGCUUGUGUUCAACGGUCCUGUUACAAACGCAUCCAAGAUCCCAGAGCUCAAACGAACAAUCAGCAACAAGAAAAAUGACAGCAUCAAGAACGAGCCCAUCAGGAACUGCGUGAAGAGGAACAAGAGUUUGCCGUCGAGGUUGAGAAAAUCUAGCAAAACAUCGUCAAAGGUUGUACCUAUAGAAGUGGCUGAAGAAGCGAUUGCAGCAGAAAGAGCUCAAGUGGAGAUAACAGCUAGGAAGCUCAUGAACCGCAGAAGCAAGACUAUGCUGGAAGACGAUUUCGCAUUGAUGAGUGAUUUCUCAAUAGAAAACGCAGUGGGGCUUGGCGAGUUCAAGGGUCGAGAGGGUAUAGAUUCAGACUUUAAUUCUGACACUUUCUUGUUCGAUGAUUCUCUUUGA